GUGUGUCGAACUAUAAAGACUUGCUGCGAGAUUUUCUAGACAAUUUGUAGGCGUGGCAAUGCAGCUGCUGAACUUGAAAGGCUUUAUAUUGCUACUGCUGCUGCUGCUGCAAUGCUUAAGCUGCGUGCAAGCGCGUCGUGGCUUUGGCGGCAGUGAGCAGGAUUGGCGCUAUGUGGAGGUGAGAAAGGGGGCGCAUAUGUUCUACUGGCUCUACUAUACAACGGCGAGUGUGAGCGAGUAUACGGCACGUCCGCUGGUCAUCUGGCUGCAAGGCGGACCGGGCGUGGCGUCCUCUGGCUGCGGCUGCUUCGAGCAGCUGGGCCCCGUCGACAUUGAGGGUCGUCCACGUGCCCACAACUGGGUGCAGCAUAUGAAUGUGUUGUUCAUAGACAGUCCCGUGGGCACGGGCUACAGCUAUGUGGAGCCGCAAGGUGAAUAUGCCAAGGACAACAAGCAGAUAGCGCAGGACUUGGUGACGCUGAUGAAGGCGUUUCUGAGCCAGCAUCCAGAGUUCCAGCUGGUGCCGCUGCACAUCUUCAGCGAGAGCUAUGGCGGCAAAAUGGCGCCCGAGUUUGCGCUCGAGCUUUAUCUGGCGCAGCAGCGUGGCGAGCUGCGUUGCCAGCUGCGCUCAGUGGUCGUUGGCAAUCCCUGGACCUCGCCGCUGGACAGCACGCUCAGCUAUGCGCCGUAUCUGCUGCAGCUGGGCAUUGUGGAUCAGCGUGGCUACAGCGAAAUUGCGCGCGUGGCUGCGGACAUUGCGCGGCUGGUGUACAACAAGAAGUGGCUGGCUGCCUUGGAGCAGAGCUCCAGAAUACAGGAGGUCAUUGAAGAGCACACAGGCGGUGUCUUCUUGUACAAUACGCAGCGACGCGUGCAUGUCGAUGAUGCCUAUCGGUAUGGCGAGGAUCCCAAGCUGCGCAGCUUUAUGCUCAGCAAUGUGACCCAGGCGCUGAAUCUGACGCACAUGAGCGAGUGGAUGGUGCAGAAUGCCACAGUGUUCUUUCAGCUGGGCGAUGACAUCUUCAAGCCGGCCAUUGACAUAGUUACACGCCUGCUCAAUGAAACGCCGCUGCGCGUGGGCGUCUACUCGGGUAUUCUGGAUCUGCUCUGUGCCACGCCCGGCACUGUCAACUGGAUCAGCCGCAUGCAGUGGCAGCGCAAGCUGCAGUACACUAAAGCGCCGCGUCGCGCCUUUCGCAUCGAUGGCGUGCUCGAGGGCUAUGAGCAGCGUGGCGGUGGCUUCAGCAUGUUCUGGGUCUAUCGUGCUGGCCACUUGGUGCAGCAGGAUAAUCCCGCUGCCAUGUCGCACAUACUGCGUGAGUUUACCAACUAUGGCUGAAGUGAAAUAAAGCUGCUAGCUCACUGCUCAAAUCUUCAACAAUUUACUUGAAAUUAACUCACAUGGGUUUGGGUUCUACUGCGGUUGC